CCUGCGACGAGCGAGAGGCGAGACUUGUGCUGACGGUAGUGUGUCUGGCUGCGUAGGAGUCUCCUCCUACUAGCCCUACUAAUGACAGUACCUUUGCCACCCAAUUCGCCGCCAACCUAUCCGAGCCAGGGCUUCCAGAAGUGCUUUGCUGCGAUCGAUGUACCUCUAUUCUUAACACCGCGUCCCCCAUCAGCCUCUCUGAUAUCUCCCUAACCUGUGGAAUUUGUCGUCUGCUUCGUUAUGCGGCUAGUAAACACGAAAAGGAGACGUUAGACCUCCGUCUUGUUCGGGAGGGGUCGUGGCUGUGUAUCGCACCAGAUGGACCUCGCGUCGUUCAGCUGUACUCUUUCCCAGGUUAACACCCAGAUCGGUCUGCCCGUCCCACUCCAGUUUGAAGAGCUUGCUUAUACUGAGCUGCUCAAAACGUGGCUUCAUUCGUGCGAUAACAACCACAAGCAGUGCAGACCUAGGGAUAAUACUCUCCAGACAGCACUGCCAACUCGACUUAUCGACGUCGGCAGCGUCAAACAUCCAAAGCUACGACUGUGCACGACAGUACUAGAAAACAGUUGCAAAUACGCCGCGCUGUCCUAUUGCUGGGGGAAACUAACUGAGAACGACAAAGCUAGAUUCUGCACGACAAAUGACAACCAUGAUGCACGAACAAAAGAAGGGUUUAAUGAGUCUGACCUGCCACAGACACAUCAAGAUGCAAUCUGGAUGUGCCGAAACCUAGGCAUCGAAUAUCUCUGGAUCGACUCGCACUGCAUCAUUCAGCUCGGCGACAACGGCGACGACUGGGAGCGCGAAGCAAAGCUCAUGGAAAACGUAUACUCAUCGGCCUACUGCGUUUUUGCCGUCACCUCAGCUACUAGUGCUCAUGAAGGCUUCCUAGGCCGGGGAAGCGAGCCUGAAAGCGAGCCUGAAAGAGAGCCUGAGUGUGUUUAUGCGCGCGACCACUCCGACCGUCGAUUCUAUGUCAGCACCAACGUCGAAGACUUCGAUCAGCAUGUUGAGGAGGGCCCGCUCAACAAGAGGGCUUGGGUGCUGCAGGAGAGGUAUCUGGCCCGGCGCACCCUCCACUUUGCUGCCGGUCAGGUAUACUGGGAGUGUGGCGAAGAGAUGUACUGCGGGAACCUUGCCCAAUUAUCAAGGCCGAGAAUCGGACGAGGCUUGGUGUCCGAUCCGUACUUCCCGUCCGAGCUCGUCACCUCAGGCACCUUCCGAACCUGGCAUUUCAUUCGAUCUCUUCUUAAGGACUACUCUCAGCGCAAGCUAGGGAAUCCGAGUGAUCGACAGUAUGCAGUAUCUGGGCUAGAAGAGCGUAUUGCACGCGUUCUGGAAUGCGGCAGCAGUUACGGCAUCUUCGAGAAGUACCUCCACAGGAACCUGCUGUGGUAUCCGGCACCGCGUAACAGCACUAGAACAGAGUGUGUUUCGGUCAAUGACGACACUCACAACAUACCCUCCUGGACGUGGAUGGCGUAUAGUAGAAGCAUCGAGUUCGUGAAUAUACCUUUUAGUGAAGUAGAUUGGAUCAAGCAUGACCACCUCCAGUUCAACAAGGAGCGCAAUAUUGUUGUAGCCGCUAGCCUAGGAGAGAUUAAAGACUGUACAACAAGACGUUGCGAAAACUGUACGGCAAGGCCUUGCGAGAAGAGGCAUGUACUUGUAGGUGCUGGUGGAGAGACAGGGUGGGUCCAGUACGACUUCGAGGGCGACGAAGAGCCCAACACCAUCCAAUGCGUGGUCAUAGGCAGCGAGACAGCGAAGGAUACUAGUCCCGGUCAGUACUAUAUCCUACUUGUUAGACCGACUAGUACAGAGGGCCAGUACAAGAGGGCUGGAGUAGGGCAGGUCGAGAGUGGUUGGGUAGCAAGACAGAGGAGGAGCAUACUGUUGGUCUAGCGUGCAAACGACGUAAGCAGUGUUGGGCCAGAGGCUACGGCUACAAUCG